UUGCAGGACUCUCCGAUCAACUUGCGCCGUGUGAAGAAAAUCGACUUCGAUCAACAUCGCAUGUGCUUGACAUUACUACUCAGACCUUCUAGGCCUGUAUAUCGUGAUCAUGGCAUGUAGACCUAUAACCGACAACCAGGAAAAGUGGACCAGUCAGACAAAGUCACUGAACCCAUUCUUUGGAAAAGAACACAUCUAUAGGUACAUAGAAAGCAAAGGUGCUCAAAAACAUCGUGAUGCUGGGAUACGCCUCUUCACUUCAGGACAUUUGCAGAAGCUGCAGUUUUUGGAAGGCAGUGGUGCAGAGACCGUUGUACGUGCAGAAGUGCUAGCUUCCAUGACUACUAGGACCGUGUACAAGGCAUCCAUCAAGUUGUAUAAAUGUGAUGGUGAGGUAGUUUCGGGGAGCUGCACCUGCGUUGCAGGCAAAGGUGCAGUGUGCAAGCACAUCUGCUGUGUCUUGUAUGGUUUAAUGUACAUUGCACAGCAUGAUCUGGCAUCUGUGCCAUACUCUCUCUCGUGCACAGAGACAGAACGACAGUGGUAUCACCCCAGAGACCCCAGGAAGGUCACGGAAGAUUUUGAGAAUGUAGUCUUUUCCAAGGACACCUGCGACGGGAUCAGCUGUGCACCAGAACGACACCAAAAGCGAAUUCAGUAUUCAUCUUUGAAAGCAGACAGAAAGGUGAUGAAAACACCCAGCCUGAUAAACUUGCAUGGCAAUCUUAAGAAAUGCGGCCUCGACUGCUUUGCCGACAUUCUCGAGGCAACGACUUCUUGCCCGUGAGAAUUGCAGAACAGCAAAUGUGCUGAAGAAGACAAAGCAAUGCCGAAACGAUGGCUUGAUGCUGUAAAAGCUGGAAGUGCAGUCCAGUACACAGUUAAUGACGUGAAUGCUGUGGAGAAUGCCACAAGGCUCCAGAGUGGAUCACCCAUGUGGCAUCAUUACCGGAAAGGAAUUAUGACUGCAUCAUCGGUACAUAGAGUGUACACAUGGGUGAAUAGCACGUGCAAAAGAAAGAUGGGGCCCCAUGUUGUGCGCUCUCUGCUAAGCACUAUCAUGGGUAAGAAAGUGCGUGCUACUUAUGCCAUGAAGCGGGGCCUUUUAUGCGAAGACAGCGCAAGGAAGGCCUUCCUUGAAAAAAAUAAACAGCACGUGGACAUCGACGUGAGGCAGUGUGGUCUUUUUUUAUGCCGCAGCCAUCCUUUCCUUGGGGCAAGCCCAGACGGAAUCGCUACAUGCAGUUGUUGUGCACCACGCCUUUUGGAGAUCAAAAGCCCCAUGAGAAUUGAUGCAUUUUGCAAGAAUGAACUGCGUGGUGGAUGCCUCAAAGCCAGCAGCAGGUAUUUUACCCAGGUGCAGACACAAAUGGGGGUUACCGGUCUGAAGAGUUGUGUCCUCUUCGUGUACAGUGAAGAAAAGUGUGUGCAAGUUCCUGUACUUUUUGAUGAGUCAUUCUUCACUGAGCUGGUGAAGUGCUGCAAGUUUUUUGCUGACCAGUACCUGGUGCCUUAUUUCUCUGGAAAUUGGCAGCUUUCUUAAUCAGUGUAAAUUUACUGUUCCUCUUUGUCAUCCCUUUCUGCAUGAUUUAUAUUCUGCUGGUGUAUGAUGUACUAUGCGUAAUCUCACUUUAAUGAUGUGUGCAGAAAAUUAUCUUCGGUACUAAUAUAUCCCAUGUAUCAUGUAUCUGGCCGAGGAGUGGCACAAAGCUGCUACAUAGCAGCUCUCUAUCUGUAAUAAUAAUAAGUGUUGGGGCUUAACGUCCCAAAACCACGAUAUGAUUAUGAGACACGCCGUA